AUGGGCGGCUACGAAGCUGGAGACAGAAUGGUGCCGGUGAGGACCUCAAGUGAAUCAAGGCUGCCCGGCCGAAGCAGGACGCCAUGGGAUGCCGGCGGAUAUUCUCUUCCCUUGACUCUGAACGUGAAGAAUGCGCAGUCUUCACCAGCAGCCAAGCCCUCAUUCUACACCGAGGCGACACCGGUUGACAGCGUCGGCUCGACCAGCCCCAAGUCACCAAAGCACAAGUUCUCAGACAGCCGCAGCAGCCUGUCCUCAUACACAACAAUGUCGUCGAAUACUUCCAGUCACUCCCGAUCGCACUCGAGAAUCUCAUCACUGUCUACCGUGAGCGAGUAUCAGCCAAUGAACUCGUUCAUGUCUGAUUCAACCCCAACAGAGAGGAGGAUGUCUGAUCCCGACUCCGGGAUGUCAUGCCCUACUGUUGUUGAGAUCCAGCCCCCUUCGCCAUCCAGGAGAGCCUUCGAGGAUGUGUCGCCUGAUGCCUCCGAUAACGACAGUCCAAUGCAUUCCGACCGACCUCGGUCACCUUCUGAUGCAAUUUUGGUUCGAAAUCGAGGACUUGCUGGAAGCGCAAGCCCAAGUGAUUCCAAGAUCAUCAGCUCGUUUUUGAGGCCUGAUUCUCCCUCGAUGUCAACUUCCAGAGCACACAAGAGAACCGUCUCAGCUCCUGAUUUCCCGUCCCUUCAGCAACGAUCUCAUCACUACCCGUCGUUUGGCCCAAUGGCGGAACCCACCCCUCCGAAAUCCCCCACAGCUGAUGAGCAGCAAUCAGUUGGUUCAGACACCGCGAUGCCUACGGAUCCGGCUGAGAACACCCAGACUGCAUCGGUUCUGCCUCGCCCUACCCCUCCUGAGCCCCGGUGCAUGUUUGUUGACCCUUGCACUACUGGGUCCUCGCUCCGUAAGGCCAUUUCUCACAUCUUCGGCCGAAACAAGCUCUGCACCAAGGCAAUCCCUCACGGAAUUUGGGUUCAUUACUGUCGCAAGCACUACCAGCGGUCUCGCUAUCGCAACGCUACCGACUACGCCAUUCGACAAGUCGAGCUCGUUUUGAUUCAGAUCGAGAAGGUCCACGCUUGGAGCGACGAGAACAUCAAGAGCGGUCGCCGAGGUGACGGCGUUCUCAAGCACUGGACUCUUCAGGCUCGUAAGCGUGAAGCCAAACGUCUCCAAGAGUCAGACUCCCGGAAGCGACGAUUCAAUGACGACGACGACGAGGACCAAGAGUUCAGCAGUGGAACAGCCAUUCCCGGCUGGCUGCAGGAUAAGCUGAACAAGGACUACGGAACGGAGGACAUGCUUGCCAUUAUCAAGGACGUUAAGGCCCGAAUGGACGCUGGAGAGAUUCAACAGAUCCCCGAUAUCGAGAUCCUGCCCGAGAUCAUCACUGAUGGUAACGAGUCUCGGCCCAAGGCAACUGUCCGCCGUACCGGCAGCAACGGCAAUGGCCACCGUCACACCAAGUCUGAGGUUUACCGGGCUCCUCCUUCCAUGAGCAGCUACAAUGGUCGCCCUGGCAUGUCCUUCAGCCAGGAUAACAAGCGCUUCCGCACAGGCGCCAGCACGUACCAGAUGCCCAUCCACAACCUUGCCCACCGCUCUCUUGGUGGCAUGAACCAAGGCUAUCCGUACCAAAUGGGCAAUGGAUUCGCCGCCAUCGCAGAGAAUCAAGCGGACCCCAACUUUUGGAACCCCCAGCCUUACAGCAGCAACACUGUAUUGCCUGCGCCUGUCCCUCAACGUCACGUCAGCAUGCCUAUGACCCCCGAGAACAAUGCCGUCCAGUCUUAUGCCCCUCAGAGUCGUCCACUCCACGUUAGAAGCGUGUCGGAGAACCCUGUACUGCACAAUUCGGGUCACGGUCCCACUGGAUUCCGUCCUUAUGCUUCGCAGCCUAACCAGGGCUUCCAGCAGCAGGAGAUGUUUGCGAACUACCAGCCACCUCAAGGCUAUGGCGGCCCUCCGACUUACCAGGGACAGGGGUAUGACCCCAACAUGGGCUCUAACGACCCUAACACCCGAUUCUUUGGCCCGAUGGAUGGUGCCUUCGAUGGCUCAGCCGACUGGGACAGCCCGCGCAAUGGCCACAACCGCGUCCAGAGCACCUCUUCCAUGCACCCUGCGCACAUGCAGCGACACCUGUCCUUGUCUGGUGGUCCUCCCCCGAUGAGCUCGCUUCCUUCAAUGAAUGGCAUGGGAAACAACGGUGUGCCCGCGUACGGCUACGGAGAAUAUCAGCAGCACCAGCAGCAACACCGCUACUAG